CACAAAUGAGUUUCAUCAUUACUUGGGACAUUGUAAACCUAAUUUGUAUUGAUAAAGGGUCAGAAGUAUGAUAUCCACAUAAAAAUACUGCAUGUUUACCCCUAUAUAUAUAUAUAUUUAUUUUUUUAAAAUAUUUAAUGUUUUUCUUCCAGAUGUGGUACUGUGUCAGCUUAUUAAUUUGCCUUGUGUUUGCUGUUAAAUGCUUGGGGGACUCUGAAAAUGUUACAACAAACAGUACGGCCUCCACUCACACUGCUACUGCCUUCACAACACAGCAUGGCCCUGUCAUGAAGUUCUGGAACAAUUUCCAGAUGAUGCAGAGAGCAUUCUAUGUGCUAAUUGGUGUCAGUGUAUUGGCUGUGCUUUACUUCAUCAUCCGGACUGUACGGUGAGAAACCUAAAUUAUUAUGUUAGAGCCCACCCUGUCUCACAUUCCUGAACACUCAGAAAAAUGCAUCUUAUUUUUCUUCUUGUUAAAUUGCUAUGUUGGCAUAACAGUUGUAGAAGGAUGGUACGAUGUUGACGAAUAGAUACAAAAAAAUUUAGUGUUUGUUUUUAAAAUGAUGCUGAUCAAGUAAUGAUUAAAUGGUUAGGGAUCCUAUUGCUAUAAUUUCGAUCUAUUUGUAGUAAUGUCACCCUUGCCGCAGUGUGAGGUCUCAAAGGGUGAGAUCUCCUUGGUUUUCAAUCUCCUCCGUUCCAUUCUCCGUCCUGUUGGCAUGUCUUCUUGGCUGAGAUCAUCGAUCUUGUCCAAUGCUUUCCCAUAAGAAAGUAUGGGGAGGCGAUGGCGUAUGCUCAGCAAAAUGCCAAGCUGUGCCAGUAUCUGGGAGAGGUGGCCGAUCUCCCGGCCCGAUGGGACUCAGCAACCACUUACAUUGAGCAGCAGGUGACCAGUUAUACCCCCUCCCAGACCGGAGGCUGCCAUAAAUUGAUUGAAAAGCCAGGCAAAGCCAUACAAGCAUAUUAACAACAACACAGGGGUGCACCCAUCAUGGCUAACACCACGUGUGCUCCCAUCUGCGCGGUACAACACCAGAUGUGAUAUCAUAGCUAGAUGUUAUCUUUGAAAAAUUCUAGCAAAAGCUAGAAAACUGUGCACCUUAAUUUACCCCAAGGCAACCAAGCAAUCCUAACUUGCUGCCUCCAAGCCAAUAGGAGGGAAUCUAAGGCUUUAGCUAUGAAGAAGGCCCCAUCUAAGCAGCAAGCUGGGCUACACUUUUCACUCCUGCGUAGGAUGACACGUGACCGGGAGCCGAUGGUGCAGAUGGAGAUUCUGAACAAGCUGGCUGGUCUGAUCUGUCAGAUGGCACCUAGGCACAGGCUCCUGAAGUCCCUCACUUUGUUGCAGGACUUUGAAAUGCCCUUGGUAGGCACAGGGGCAAUAGUCCUUUCUCGCAUGCACUCUCCCUAACAUAACGUUUAUGGUACCUUCUGUUUGUCUGGUUUCACUCUGCUAUUUAUUUUUCUUUUUAAUUUUUCCUUUUUUGUCAUUAAUAUAUAACCUUGUGGAUGCCUCCUGAGGGACAUCUCCUGUCUCAUUAUGUUAUUUUUUUGUUUAUAAAUUCUUUAUUUUUGACAUGUUUUUUCUUUCUCAUACAUAGACAUUAUUCACAUAAUAUUUAUAAGUUUUGAAUUAAAUAAUGCGUAUUUUAACACAUAUGAAUAAUGUAAAAUUUUACAGUAUUUAAUACAGUACGUAAACCUAUAUUAUUUCAAAUAUAUUUCUCAUACAUCCACUCAUACAUAAGUGUCCAGGGGAGGGAUGUAAUCUCUAUAAGCAUUAUUAUUUAUAUUGAAUAGAAUAGUUAGAGGUAGUUUAGGUAUGUUAAAAGAUCACUAUAGUCUACAUAUAAAAGCAAGAAAGACUGGUCCCCUAGACUUCUUCCUUGCUUUUAUAUGAACUUCCCCUUAUUAAAAAUUAUUAUAUAUUUUUAUUUUUAUUUUUUAAGAAAAAAUUAUUUUCGAGCCCUUUUUAUGAUAUAAACUUACCUCCGUUCCAGCGCCGAGAUCCUUGGCAGGCCGCACCCCUUCUUUUGUCAAAAUGAUGAAGUAGCAGGGCUCAAUCAGACGCUUUUCUUAGAGAACCAUCAUAGCAAUCUUGUGCGCAUGCGUGGCUUCGCCCUAUGAAUGAACUCAGCGCUCUACCGCGGAAUUCAUUCUGAAUGACAGCUCUGCUCGCUUUCUAUGCCCGCCCCCUCCUACACUACCCUCUGGCCCAAAGUUUGUUUGUUUGCAUAGAAACACUUUAUGUAGAGAUCUCUAUAUAUAGUGUUUGUAUGCAAACACACAAAUAGUAAAAACUGCAAACAUACACACGCCAUCCAUCCAUCUCUAUCCAUCCAUCCCUCUCUAUCCAUGAUGGAUGGAUUGAGAGGAAUGGACGGAUCCAUCCCAAAAUCACACUCUAUCUCUCUCUCACUCACUCGCAGUCACACUCACUAUUUCGCUCGCUCAAUCUCACUCACAUUCUCACUCACUUACUCACCCACACUCACUCACAAAAUAAGUUUACUUACGGUUUGGCACCUCCUGCUCAGUCUCCGGUCUUCAGCCUGUCAGCUCGAGCCGAUGCUGUAUGCAGGAGAUCUCCCACACUGUCAGCUAUGAUUGCUGACAGGCUCCCAGGUUACUAUAGGCCUCCUAUUUCCUGUCUCCUGUCAUCACGUUUGUAUUCACCCAAGCGUGAAGACGUCAAACUGAAUGAAUGUGAAUUAGGUAUCAUGAACUCGGAAGUCCCUCUGGUGGCAGUCUGAGUGACUGCACUGGAGGUGUUCCUAGGUUCUAAUGUAAACAGUGUAUUUUCUCAGAAAAUACAGUGUUUACAUGAGAGGCUGCAGGGAGCUAUAGUUCACACCUGAACAACCUUGUUAAGCUGAAGUUGUUCAGGUUACUAUUGUGUCCCUUUAAUCUUGUUGGUUAUAAGGUUACAUAAUUAUAUAUUUCUUGCAUGGUUCACAAUAUUUCUCCAAUGUACCAUUUACUAAGAAGAAACUGCGUUCCAUUUUGAAUUGAUAUAAUAUUUUAUCACAUAUAGCUGUCCAUUUUAAAUUUAUGGUUUUCCAGUUUCAAGCUAUUACUAAUUUAGUUGCAAAAAGAAUAUGUAUUGCUAAAUAUUCUUGUGCUUUAUUACACCGUGGGAAAUCUAUAUUUCAUAAGAACAUAUAUGGAGUAAAUAUAUUCCUAUUAAAUAUUAUUCGUAAACAGGACUUCAUUUCAUGUUAAAUUUUUUUCUAAUUCUUCACACUCCCACCAAAUAUGUGCUAUGGUAACUUUUUCUAGAUGGCAUCUCCAACACCUAUCUGAAUUAUUUCUGGAGAUUUUAUUAAGACACGUAGGAAACAGAUCCCACCUAUAGAUUAAUUUAAUUUAUAAUGCAGUUCCAUUAUAGAAAUACAGUGGAUCAUACAAGACACUUGAGAAAUUCUUUUGAACCAAUCUUCCAUUGGAAAGACAAUAUUUAGUUCAGAUUCCCAUUUACGUAUUGGUACAGGUUUAAUUCUUUUCUCAGUAUUGGACUGUUAGAAUUUUAGAUAGUAGUUAUUUUUUUUUUUUUGAUAAGAGAAAGCGAACAUAUCAUCUAGCCAAUGGUACGACAAGUAUUCUUUAUCCAUCAAAUUUUUUUUAAAUCUUAAGUAGGGAAAUAUCUCUCUAUUCAAAAGUGAAUAUCUUUGUUGAAGUAAGUUAAAUGACAUGCUUUACCCAUCUAUUAAGAUAUCUGUUUGUUUGUUUGUUUGUUUUUUUUUUAUUCCUAAUGUUUUCCAAGAUAGUAGAUUUUAAAUCCAUUCCAGUACUUCAAUUGGAGCUUCAUACGAUAAUUUUAUUUUUUUUAACGUAAAUUUCUUCUUUAGUUUAAUCAUAAUAGUUAUCAUAUCAUUAAUUAUUGGAUUUAAUAUGGACCAAACAACUUUUGAGAUAUCACUUAAACUUAUAUCUUUUAUCAUUAAAACUUACCUCCCUUCCAGUGCCGAGCUCCUCGUCAGGCCAUGCCCCCUUUUCCAUCAAAAUGACGAAAUCACAGGGCCCAAUAGGACGCUUUUAUUUGAGAAGCGUCAUCGCGCUCUGGUGCGCAUUCUCUCACUCACACCCACAGUCACUCACCCACACUCAGUCACUUACUUACCCACCCAUCCACACACACUCAUAAAAUAAGUUUACUUAUGGUUUGGAUCCUCCUCCUUGGUCUCCGUUCUUCAGCCGGUCAGCUCAAGCCGACGCUGUGUGUAGGAGAUCUCCCACACUUUCGACUCUGAUUGCUGACAGACUCCUGGGUUACUACAGGACAUAGGAGGCGCGUUCACAGUGCCUCCUAUUUCCUGUCUGCUGAUAGCACGUUUGAUGUAUUCACCCAAGUGUGAAGACGUUAAACUUGAUGAAUGCGAAUUAGGCAUUCAUCAGCUCGGAAGUCUCUCUGAGUGACUGCAACUGGAGGUGUUCCUAGGUUCUAAUGUAAACACUGUAUUUUCUCAGAAAAUACAGUGUUUACAUGAGGGGCUGCAGGGAGCAAUAGUUCUCACCUGAACAACCUCAUUAAACUGAAGUUCAGGUGACUACAGUGUCUCUUUAACUAAGAUAUCAUUCUUGGAUGCUUUCCCCUCCAAAUAUAGUCUUUAAACAAUUAUAGCAAAUUUGCCCAAUAAUUUAGAAUCAACUCUGAGGGGGGUGGUUCUAAACAAGCAGAGAAUUUUAGGAAGUACAUUUUAUUUAUUUAUUAGGCCUAACCAUGAUAUUUCCAAUCCUUUACGGAAGGAGAAGUAUGAUGUCAAGUUAUUCAACAAUUCCAUAUAGUUGAAUUUUACCAUACUGAGUAUAUCUAGUUUGAUCUUAAUUCCCAAAUAUUUUUAUUUUUUUUCAGUCAAAUUGAUAUUUAGAUUUCAUCAGCUCUACGUUAGUAUUAGAAACAAACUUUGUUAAAAUUUGAGAUUUCUGAACAUUAAUUUUAUAAUUUUUAAAUUUUACAGAAUUGAUUAAUGGAAAUAAUGGAAAAUAAUGAUAGUGCGUCAAUUGAUUCUACAGGGUUUGUCAUGGACAAGACAUCAUCUGCAUAUAAAGUUAUUUUGCAGUUACGGUUUCCUACCUAUAGUUCUUGAAUCUGUUAAUUUUUCCUAAUUAAGAUGGCUAAUGGUUCAAUGGAAACUAUGAAUAACAGGGGUGCCAAAGGGCAUCCCUGACGUGUUCCAUUUGAUUCAAACAUUGGUCCAACUACUUUGGCUUUUGAAUUUGUAUAUAAAGACAUAUAUUCUCUUUAAUUUUGCCGAAUGACUACAAAACUGAUUCUAAGUAUGUCCAGUUAACUCUGUCGAAAGCCUGUACGGCAUCUAAGGCCAAAAAGGCUAUUUCCAUUUUGGAUCUUUCUGCAAUAUGUAUGAUGAUUAUUAUCUUACUGGUGUUAUCUAUUGGAUUUCUGUCCAGGACAAACCCUGAUUUAGUCUUUAUGAAUAAUCUACGGAAUGAUCAGUUUAAUUUGAUUUGCUAUAAUUUUUGAGAAUUUUUAUAUCUAAAUUAAUUAAAGAUAUUGGUCUGUAACUGGAAGUUAAUGUGGCAUCCUUACUCCGUUUUAAGAUUGGAGAUAUUGUGUCUUGAAGCAUCUCCCUAGGAAUUCCAUUACUUGAGAAACCCUGAAACAUGGUUAAAAGAGUUGGUAUAAUUAUUUCCUGAAAUUUCAUCUAAAAUAUUGGCGAGUAGCCAUCUGGACCUGGGGACUUACUAGGUUUAAGUUCCGUUCUGUUAGUCCACCCAUUGUACAGUGCUACGAAAUUUGUUGGCGCUAUAUAAAUAAUAUAAUAAUAAUAAUAAUGACCUUUCGAAUCUCUAUAUAUGAAAAUUGUGUGUUCAAUUUAUCUUAGUCUUCUUCUGUUAUUUUAGGGAUUUCAAGGUUACUCAGGAAGUCUUUAAUUUUUAUUUUGUUUAAUGAGUCCCCAUUUAGAAUAUAACGUUUUCCAAAAUAAUUGGCAAAGGUUUUCCGCUAUAUCUUUUGGAGGGUUACUCCAACCACCAUUACAACUUGUGCUUUUAGAAGUAUAAACGUUUGUGCCAGUGUCUUGUUUAAAUGACCGGAACUGUUGCAACAGAUGUUAGUAACAUCUACCCUUGCAGGCAUUGCUGAGAAUGAGUUUAGGCUUUGCAUUGCUGAGCAUUCUCAGCAAUGCAAAGCCUAAACCUCCACUCUCUUCUCACAUCCACUCCUUGCUUUUACAGUUAGGCUUUUUUACUUUUUACAUUUAAUUUAUCUAUUCCCUCUAUCCUCGGCACAAAGCGUGCGUAUGUGCUCUUAACCUGUAGAUUUGUCCAGUCAAAUGCUUCUCUUUGACCAUUUGAUUGGACCUUAUGAUGAUCAUCCAUACUCGCUUUGUUGGGUUAACAUGUUUUGACUGAGUUUCUCUCUUUUCAGAUUAAAAAAAAAGCCUUUAAGAAAGAAAUAUGGCCUGCUGUCAGAUUAUGAUGAAAACAUGGAGAUGGGAUCCAUGGACAGCGAUGAGGAUAAAAUAUAUGAAGCUAGGAGCAUCAGAAGGUUAGUGAGCUAAUGUUUCACUAGGAAUAAAUAGCAAUUUAUUUCCAUAUUCUUUGUAAUGUACCUUUUUAUAUGCACACCAUACUGUGAAAUGUUUCUAGUGCUUUUCUCUUCCCUUUGUCAAUAGCAUUUUAUUUAUUCUAUUUUGUUGUCUUAUUUCCCAGGUGAUGCAGAGGUCACUGCCAGCAAAAGAUCCCGUCAAUUGUUGUGGUUAUGUCUAUUCUUGUGAUUGCACAGGCUGUUUUCUGAUGGUCUGAAGUACUGAGUAGAAUGGAACGCUGACCACUCAAAAUUACUAACUGGAGUUUGAGUCUUUUUGGAGAAGAUUAAGAGGCUGUGAUUUCCCCUAAUUAUUGAUAACUAACUAACUUUUGUUCAGUGUCAUUCAAUGCGAUUUCUGAAAAGAAGUGGAUGGUGAAAAGAUGGUGCUUUGCCUUCUAGAAAAAUACACAUUCUCUUUUUUUUUUUUUUUUUAUUGUUUUCUUUGGUAAGCAAUUGUGUUCUUCUGUGCAAUGUAAGUGCAUUUACUGCCAAAGCAUGCAGUAUUGCUAAAACCGUGAUGACAAAUGGUUAAUCACAUUGCAACCCUUCUAUUUUCCACUCACUGGGGAUAUAGGAAGGUUUUGUUUUUCUAACUGUGCUGGCAAUUUCAUAACUUGUAUGAUGGGGGUUCUUUUGUAACAAACAUUUAUUUUUCCAGCGUAUCUUUUAUAAAUUAAUAAAACAUUCUUGUUUGCCAACUUUGUUUCACCAUUUUUAGUAAUUGUCAUUAUAGUUUCUGUUUAAGAAAAGCUGCAUGGUUGUAGGGCACCUCACCCGUUGCAUAGUAUCUAUUGUAAACUGGCUAUUUAUGGUCUCCAGGCUGCCAAAGGGGAUUUUAUUUAUUUUUAGUCAGG